UUUCUCUCUCUCUCUCUGACUCACCAAACAAAACAACACAAAACGAAACACAUUUCUCUCUCUAGACUCUAUCUGUAUCUGACUCCCGACACUGUUUCAGAACCCGACAAAAGCAAAGCAACCUCUCUGCCUCCUCCCUUCUCACUCUCACCCCCAGUGGCUCUCCCCGUAAAUAUAACCCAAAAGUUUUCCUCUUUAUGAAAGCACACCACACAUACGUCCACCACUUCCAUUUAUUUUUCUCGCAAAUGGAAAGCCACAAGAGAGAAUGAUAUCGCAGUUCCGCAGGUUCAGCUUGAACACGACCUCACCUUAAGCCACCUCUUUCCCUUUUCCUUCUUCAAGCGAGUCCAAACACACCCCACUAUCAGAAUCAGACACACACACACACACACACCCACACACUCUCUCAAAUGGUGAAGAUGAUGAUUCUCUACAAGCUCGAAGCUCGUGGCAUAAUUUAGACACUUUUUUUUUAAGUCUUCACCUUUGCUCUCUCCCUCCCUCUCUCUCUCUCUCUCUCUCUCUCUCUCUCUCUUUUCUCUCUCUAGAUUACUUUCUUUCCCUUUUUCUUUCUCUCUCUCUUUACAACUUCCUCUGCUGGAGGAGGAUGGCAUGCCGGAAAGUGGUCGCCGGGAACUUGGAUCCGCGGAGAAAGAGAAGUGGGGGGUUCAGAACGAAACAGGCGGGGAGAGGAUCGUGCCGUGGUAGUUAGGACUCGGAAUCCAAACUCGCCGGAAAAUGCUUCUUCUCCGGCUUUGAAACAUACCCUUUUGCGUUUUUUCUGUUCGUGCAUGCUCUUGUUCUUCCAUUAGGUCGGAUAAAAUAAAACAAGUAACAAAUUCGCGCUUGGUUUUGGGAUGGGGUUUAUGUUGAAAGAAGCUUUGAGGACUCUCUGUGGUCGGAAUCAGUGGUCUUAUGCUGUGUUCUGGAAGAUCGGUUGCCACAAUUCCAAGCUAUUAAUUUGGGAAGAAUGCUAUUAUGAACCUUUACCAUGCCCUCCGCACAUGUUUGGGAUGCCUGAUUUACCUUACCAAAAUGGGGAAGGAUGCUGGUUUUCUUUAGAGUAUCGGUCAUCGCAGCUUGGGAUUCAAGAGGAUGACCAAGUCUCUUCUUUGAUUAACAAAAUGACAGUAAACAAUUCAGUUAUCAUUGCAGGUGAAGGUAUAGUUGGACGGGCUGCAUUUACAGGCAGCCAUCAGUGGAUUCUUUUGAACAAUUUCACUAAAGAUGCAUAUCCUCCACAGGUAUAUGCUGAGGUACAUCACCAAUUUUCAGCUGGAAUACAGACAGUAGCAGUUAUUCCUGUGCUUCCUCAUGGGGUUGUUCAACUUGGUUCUUUCUUUCCUAUAAUUGAGAAUAUGGGAUUUGUGAAAGAUGUGAAGAGCUUGAUCUUGCAAUUGGGAUGUGUUUCUGGCGCCCUUCUAUCUGCAGACUAUUCAGAAAAACUUUCUAAUGAAAGACUUGCUGGACCUCCUAUUGCUGGUGUACCUGUGUCUGUCGAUCGACCUGUCAUUACCUCAAACUGUCCUCCCUCAGUAACUACUGGCUCCAAUCAGCAAAAUAAUUCAUCUCAUGCUUCAAUGCCUUGUCCUCUAAUGGAAGACACAAAUACUUGCCAGGGUUCUGCAUUGACACCCCUAACCCGUAAACUGAGCCAGAUAUCCAAUAAACCUUGCCAACCAAAGGUUAUUCGAAUGAGUAAAACAAGCUUUGCUAGCCAACAAGAGAAUAGAGCUGUCGAAGCUGAAGUAAUACCCUCAGAUCUUGAUUCAUGCCUGCAGCAGCAUUCUGUUUCAUAUAAUGCAAGAUCUGCAUUCAGUAACAUAACUGGUUUGGGGUCUCUUGGUCAAUCUGGUCUAAGUGUUGAUAAUCUUGCAUUAAUGGAGCAACAAAUCUUAUCAGGCAUUGGGAAUCGAGAUAAUGUUAACCCUUGUGUAAAUGCCUCAAGUUCCUUGAACAUGUCUCAACUAAAAACAGAUGGAGACCAUCUACUUGGCCACAAUAUGAGUUUUGACAGUACUUCACUAGUGGGAGGAGUCCCACUACAUGGUGGGAUGAGUACUCUUUUGAGUUCAACUCUGAUUACUAGUUCUGGUUCAAAAUCUCCCCGAGCAUCCACAGCUGUUUUAUCUGGAGUAGGAGUUGGGAUUGGACCUCAAAAUUGUGUUUCUUCAACUAAAGCAAGGGUUUGUUCUUUGGCAAAUUUGACUAGUCAACCAGGCACCUUCCCCAAGCAUGUAGAAGGUUCUGAUCAGAAGAUUCUCCCUGUAGAUUUAAAGUGUGCUUCAACAAAUCAAAAGAUAGACUAUGAUAUGCUUCAGGCCCCUAAUCUCCCUUCUUUCCAAGUUGAGGAACAUGUGCCCAUUAAUAGUCAAAUCCCUGGUUUUGCCCACGAUUGCCUUCUUAAAGAUGGUAGUAGUCAAUCUAUGAUGACAAUGGAUCCUAAACACAAACUAGAUUGUGCUAAACCUCCAUCGGGUGAUGACUUGUUCGAUGUUUUAGGGGUGGAUUUGAAAAACCAAUUGCUGAAUGGAAACUGGGAUAAUCUCUUUACUUAUGAAUCAGAUGCUAAUGCAGAAAAUAUGGACAAAAAGAUAGCACCUAUGAACAUGCAAGGUGCAACAACUAAUCCUGAUAUUUAUUCGGUUAAAGAAGCAAUAUCAGACUGCGGCAUCUUUUCUGGGAUGGGAACAGACCACCUCUUGGAUGCCGUGGUCUCCAAAGCCAAAUCUGUUGUGAAACAGGAUUCUGAUGACAUGUCUUGCAGGACAACAUUGACAAGGAAUAGUACUUCCUCUGUUCCUUCUCCUGCACGGAGGACGGUAGUGUCUGGUCAUUUCCAAGGGGGAUUAUUUGAUUUGCCUAAGAAUGAUGGUAAAACAGGUGCCACAGAAACUAGUUUUCUUAGGUCUGGAUGUAACAAGGAUGAUGCUGGAAACUGUUCUCAAACUAGUUCUGUUUAUGGCUCUCAACUUAGUUCAUGGGUUGAGAAUAGUGGGAGUGUGAAAUGUGAGAAUAGUGCUUCAACUAGAUACUCAAAGAGGCCAGAUGAAGCUUGCAAGCCAAAUCGUAAAAGGCUUAAACCUGGAGAGAAUCCCAGGCCUCGACCGAAAGAUCGUCAAAUGAUUCAAGAUCGAGUGAAAGAGUUACGAGAAAUUGUGCCAAACGGAGCAAAAUGUAGCAUAGAUGCACUUUUGGAACGGACCAUUAAGCAUAUGCUUUUCUUACAAAGUGUGACAAAGCAUGCUGACAAGCUGAAACAAACAGGGGAGUCUAAGAUUAUUAAUAAGGAAGGUGGGCUGCUUUUGAAAGACAACUUUGAGGGUGGGGCUACAUGGGCAUAUGAAGUUGGCUCACAAUCAAUGGUUUGCCCUAUUGUAGUUGAGGAUCUGAAUCCACCUCGUCAGAUGCUAGUGGAGAUGCUUUGUGAGGAACGAGGUUUCUUUUUGGAAAUAGCUGACUUAAUCAGAGGAUUAGGUUUAACCAUCUUAAAGGGGGUAAUGGAAGCUCACAAUGACAAAAUCUGGGCGCGCUUUGCUGUUGAGGCAAACAGGGAUUUAACAAGGAUGGAAAUAUUUAUGUCACUAGUUCGUCUUUUGGAGAAAACGGUGAAGGGCAACACAUCUCCAUCCAACGCAAUUGAUAACAUGGUGUAUCACUCUUUCCCACAGGCUGCUCAGAUACCAGUAACCGGAAGGCCUAGUAGUUUGCAGUGAACCCACCUGUUACAUGUUUUCGUAGUAGGAUGUGUUGAGAGCAAGUCCGGUAUGCGCUUGCGAUGACUGACAUCAAAUCCAAUCUAAGAUUUCAGGUGGUCUUAACAUUGUCUUACUGUUUUACAUCUCAUAUCUGAACUCAUUUUGAAAGAGAGUGUGUAUGAGGUACUAGGAAAUCAUUCAAGAUAAAUAUGGAUUCCUACGUUGUAAUUGAAUGUUUCCUUCUGUGCCGGCCAACAUCAUGUAUACUGUGUUGGCAUUGUCUACUGAUAUUAUAUUACUCAACUCUUAGAUGACUUGCAUCCAUUUUUUAUAAUUGUGUGGAGUUAUUACCAAAGCAGUUGGUCUUAUUGUGAUUCAGAUCAGAUGUAUAGCUAUUGUAGGAUAUGGAAAGAAUGGUCUCGUGCUCAUUAGCUUGCUACACAUUUUCUUCUGUGCCCCUUUUCUCCAGGCUUUUGAAAGUUUUGUACCAUAUAUAUAUGUUAUAUAUAUUAUGUGAAUUUGAAAGUUUUGUAUCAUGUUAUAUAAAUUCUACUUGUGGUUUGUACUU